UGUUUAAAUCCGCCCCCUCCCUGCUCUCCCGAGGCGCAUGCGCAGUGACCCCUCAGUAUUUCCGUGUAGUGGAGCUGUCAGCAGUCUGAGGCGGAUCAACCACACACGAAAAAAACCAAAGAAGAAGAAAAUGAAGAACAAAGUCAGCAGCACCCAAGUCAGUGUAAAGAGGAGGUCCUGGUCCUGGCAGCAGUACCUGAACGAACAGAAAGCUGAAGCUGCUCCUGUCUCACUGUUCACACAGUCCCAGUCCUUUCCCAGUAGGAGAACUGGUUUUAAAGUUGGGAUGAAGCUCGAAGGCGUCGACCCGCUGCAUCCCUCCAUGUUCUGUGUGCUGACGGUCGCCGAGGUGAUUGGCUGUCGGCUGCGUCUCCAUAUUGACGGGUACUCAGAGUGCUAUGACUUCUGGGUAAAUGCCGACUCAUCGGACAUCAGACCGGCAGGCUGGUGCAGAGACCACAGCCACAAGCUCCACCCACCUAAAGGUCACAGUGAGAGAGAGUUUGACUGGGAGAGCUACCUUCAGUCCACGGGCUCUCAUGCUGCUCCUCCAACCCUGUUCACCUGUCGCACUGCAGGCUGUGGGUUCAGGGUGGGGAUGAAGCUGGAGGCGGUCGACAGGAAGAAUCCUGGACUCGUCUGCGUCGCCUCCGUCGCCGACGUCAUUGAGGAUCGAUUCCUGGUUCACUUCGACAACUGGGACGACACGUACGACUACUGGUGUGACAGCAGCAGUCCGUACAUCCACCCUGUCGGCUGGUGUGAAGAACAGGGACGACCUCUGACAGCCCCCCAGGGUCAUCCAAACCCAGAGAACUUCCUGUGGGAAGAGUAUCUGCAGGAAACUGGUUCAACGGCUGCUCCCAGUUCAUCCUUCACACUGAGAGCUCCACACGGUUUCCAGGUGAACCACAGGCUGGAGGCCGUCGACAGGAGGAACCCCAUGUUGAUCCGCGUCGCUACGGUAACAGACACAGAAGACUACAGGGUGAAGAUCCAUUACGACGGCUGGUCGCAGCAAUUUGACGUGUGGUGUGACAGCGACCUCUGUGACCUUCAUCCUGUCGGCUGGUGUCAACGCACAGGACACGCCCUGGAACCCCCCCCAGGUUCCUCCCCCCUCUCCUCCCCCUCUCAGGUCGUGUGUCCCACUCCAGGCUGCAGAGGAGUCGGACACAUCAAAGGAGCCAAAUACACCGGACACCACAGUGCCUUCGGCUGUCCGUACUCUGACAUUAACAUGCGUAAGGAGGUGGUUCUUCCUGAUAGGCUGGGAGGAGAGAGGGUUGUCACCCUCGUACCAAUCACCACGCAGCAGUCAGACAGGAGAGGCCUUCAGAUGAAGACAGAGCCAAGAGACGAUUCUCUGAUUCUGCCACUGGGGAAGAGAAGAAGACUGACAGACAGACUGUCUCAGCCAACCAAAUUUCUCCGUGUGAAACAGGAAGAGGAGGAGCUUCAGCUGAGAGCUCUGGGUCCAGCAGCAGAGUCCAGUCUGCAGGCCGCCCUCCAUCAGUCUGUCUUCCUGUCGGCCAUGUCAGCUCAGCCUGGCCGCGACCUGUCGCUCUGCUGGGAGCAACAUCGCAAACUGCUGCCAGGCGUUGCUGGAGUCCACGCCGAGACCGUCCAACACUGGAGCGUCCAACAGGUGUCAGAUUUCAUCGAGUCUCUCCCUGGCUGUGAGGAACAGGCGAAGCAGUUCAGAGACGAGCAAAUUGAUGGGCGGGCCUUCCUCCUGCUCACCCAACGGGACAUCGUGAGGAUCAUGUCAAUCAAACUCGGUCCCGCCCUCAAGAUUUACAACUCCAUCUUAAUGUUCAAACACGCCGAGGACAGCAGCCAAUCACACGCUGAGGACAGGAGCCAAUCACACACUGAGGACAGGAACCAAUCACACUCUGAGGACAGGAACCAAUCACACUCUGAGGACAGGAACCAAUCACAUGCUGAGGACAGGUACCAGUCACCUGCCACUGACACCUGUAGCUCCUGACUGAGCCAAUCCAGAAACACCUGAUUGUAGACUCUGCCCCCCACAACCAAUAAGAUGGACUUUUCUUUCCAUCCAAUCAGUCUAUCAAAUUUAACUCUCUGAUGUCACAACAACGAUCUCAGGUGUGUUUCUGUCAGCAGGUUGAAGUCAGUCGUGACGUUCAUCAUGAAAACAACAACAAACUGUUCUGUCCCUGAGCUCUAUUUCAGGCUCUGCCUUCUGUGAGGGGCGGGGCUUAUUACAGGUGUCCUUUAUAAAACUGAAGGCUGAACCUUCUGAGACUGAACUCACUAAAACCAGAAUCAGUGUGCAAAGGCUUCUGCGAUGUUGAGGCAUAAAAGAGACACCUGCUGUGAUGAUGCGUUCAGACUGGGCAGGUGGGCCAGGUGGGAGGAGACGGAGCCUGAAAUGGGAUUCAGUCCUAUAUCAGAAUGUUUCUACUUACGGACCACAAAAUGAAAAAUCCCUGCAUCUGAAAACAAAACAUCUUUUACAAUCUUUGAAUGAAUGAAGAGUUUUUAAAUCUUUUGUCGGUCGAAAUGACAAACAGAUUUUUAGGAUAAAAUUUCUACAUUUUCUAAACCGACAUCAGCCUGAGAUCCUCAGUCAUAAACAGAUAAUUCAGCGACAGUUUCUGUGCUUCAUUCUUAAGAUAUGUAUAUUUUUGUAAACAGCUUCUCACUUCCUGCCGAUAAAAAUACAGGUGAAAACAAAAUGUGAACAAAAAAAAAUUUUAAAUAUUUUGUUCAGAACUCAACAAAACAUUUCACCAAAGAAAAACAAUUCUUCUUCUGCCUCUAAUGAUUAUGAAUAAAAGAUUUGGUUUAACAAAACGUCUCAAAACUCAAACUUUAUGAAAACUUCUUAAAAUAGUGAGAGUGGUCUUUUAAUAAAAACAGGGAUCAAGGAUCAUAAAAUUAUGAGUUUAAGACUUAAUUAUUAAGUCUGUAAAUUAAAAUUACAGUUUGUAAUCACAACAAAUAUUCUCAGAAUUUCAACAGAAAGUUAUUUAAAAAAAAAUUAAUAUAAUGUGGAAAACCUGAAACUUUGAAUAUCUGAUUUUAAUCAGCAUACGUGUUUUUCUCUUUGGUGAAUAUUUUGUUUCUUUGAUUACAAAUUACAAAUCAAAUUACAGUUUGAUUUUUUUUUAUGACCGGGGCUCAGAAAGAAACAGUGUUUGACGUCACACUGUGGCUCCGCCCCCUGCAAUGACACCACUUACUCCUGAGAUGCAGUUCGAAUGAUUUGUCAGGUGGAGUUUACGAUUUUAAGAUUUUCCAGGUUUUAACUUUAAACAGUGACAUCAUCCAGAAGCCCCGCCUCCUCUGCUGUGAUUGGUCAGUGUGUGACAGGUGUGGUUUCAUACGGUGAUGGCCGUCACAGACGUUAGUUUUAAUUCCAGAGUUUAUAUUUAUAAUUUUAUUCUCUAUGGUGUUAUAUAAAGUCUCUAUUGUUCUCUACUGUGUCUCUAUAGAGUUCUAUUUUAAAGUUUAUAUAUGAAGAUAUAUUUGUAUUUUAGUCUGGUCCUGCUGGGAUUCAAACCAACAACCUGACAGGAAGUUCAUUUGGACUCCUCCCCCUCUGUGAUGUCACAGCCAGGGGCAGCAUAGUUUCUGCGGUAACUGCGUCCAGGUUGUUUUCAUGUUUCCAACAAACUGCUGAUAUUUAUACGAACUUUCUCUUUGCUGUUUCUGUCAGUGUUUGAUGAGAUCAAUAAAGUUUCUGAUCAGUUCAUUAGCUCUUGUUGACCAGGUGAGUUACCUGAUGUCACACAGGUGUUUAUUGUUUCAGCUCGUAUGACUUUUACUAUAGUCAUGUCUAUGAAUACAUUAAUGUAUUUAUAUAUAAAUAUGGAUUUGGUUAUUGAUCUUUGUGAUGCCAAUCGAUUUCCAUUUAAAGAUCAGUAAUAGAAAAUAUAUGUUUUGAAUUUGGUCGA